AGCAGGGGCAAGUGUUCAGUAGGCAGGACCCGUUUGCAGCUGCACUGUCUGUAAUUGGCGAUCCUCCCCGAGUGGAACCACAGUCACGAAAUUCGACCAAAACCACCCCAAAACAAAUCAAACCCCUCAGAGCUCAAAUCAAACCCCAUCAUGUUAUAUGGGGCAGGAGACGCGAACUUGGAGUUGAACUGAUGUCCGACAGAGAGAGAGGCAGGAGCUACAUGAGCCUUUCUUUGACAACCUGUUCAGUGAGACGAGCGCAUCUAAGCCGUGCGUUUUUUGGCCACGGUGUCCGUCACAUCGUUCUCAGUCUGUGCACAUAUUUCUACUGGCAAACAGUAGGAUACUUAGAGACGCGAAAGGAGGAGCGGUGUAGUGUAUGGAGAGCGGGGCCUUAUUUAGAUACCUUAUACAUUUUCACGUGUUCUAAGACUCCAACAACCUACGUGGGACUGAGAUCUUUCGCCACUGGAACUGUGUAAAGCAAUAAGAGGCGUAACAGAAAAGACACAGAUUCAACGCCGAAGGUUGAGAAGCCGAAAGGCUGAGAAGCGGAGUGAUUUUGGACUGCAUGAGGACCCUGCUUUCUGCCCUGAAGAAUCCCCAACAAAUGUUCCAAUGCGUUAAAAGUUACCCGGUGGAUUUUGAUCACAGUUCUACUUUCUUUUGAGAACGGGUAAAUUCAAUAUUUGAACUAAGAAGUCUACGAAACUGGAAUACCUAAGUUAUGAGGGAUCGGAGCUGAAGAUGGAGCUUUUCUGGAUUUUGGUAUUUUCUAUCAUCUACCCGUAUGCGCGAGGGCAAGGAGUGUACGCCCCUGCCAAUGCCAAGAUCGUGCAUGAGGGCCAGGCGUGUGUGGUGAAGGACGACAACAUCAGUGAGAGGAUCUACACCAUCAGAGAGGGAGACCACCUGGUACUCAAAUGUCUGGUCAAAGGACACCCACUACCACAGGUGCGUUGGACAAAGACAGCAGGCAGCGCCUCUGACAAAUUCCAGGAGACGUCCAUCUACAACGAGACACUGAUCAUCGAGGGCAUCCAGCGGGUGCAGGGCGGCCGCUACUACUGCAAGGCCGACAACGGGGUGGGGGUGGCUGCCAUCAAGUCCAUCCGGGUAGACGUGCAGUACCUCGACAAACCAGUUCUGACGGUGCACCAGACCAUCAGCGAUGUGCGCGGAAGCUACUACCAGGAGAAGACGGUGUUCCUCCGCUGUACCGUCAACUCCAACCCCCCGGCCCGCUUCAUCUGGAAACGAGGCACCAUUCCCAUAGAGCAGAGCAAGGAUCAAGGAGUGGACAUCUACGAACCGCUAUACACACAGGGGGAGACCAAGGUGCUGAAGCUGAAGAACCUGAGGCUGAAGGACUUUGCCAACUACACGUGCCAGGUGUCCGUUCGCAACGUGUGUGAAAUCCCUGAUAGCUCUGUCACCUUUCUCCUCACCAACGGCACCACUCCCCCUGCUCUACGGCUUUCUGUCAACGAAUCCUUGGUGGUAGACCCCGGGAAGGACGUGACCCUGUCAUGCGAGGUGACCGCCGGAUUGCCUAAACCCACCGUCACCUGGUCGCGCUACCUCAACCCGUUGCCGAGAAACUCGUUGGUAAGAAACGGGACACUGGAGUUGCGCUCGGUGACGCCCGCCGACUCAGGCUUCUACAACUGCACUGCAGCCAACAAUGUGGGGAACCCGGCCAAGAGGAACGUCAACCUCCUCGUCCGAAGUAUGGGUAACCUUACCUUCCAGAUUACACCCGACUCCAACAAGGACAGUGAGAACAUCCAGAUGGGCCGUGACCUCAAGCUUUCAUGCCACGUGGACGCGCAGCCCCAGGACAAGGUGAACUACAUGUGGUACCAGAACGAGGUGCUCAUCUACAACUCGGACAGCCUGAUUGUGCUGCACAGCGACCCAGACAUGGCGCCUGGUACUAGCAGUCUGGAGAUCGUCGACAUGAAGUUCCGCGACCAGGCCACCUACAGCUGCGUGGCCAACUUUCCCGGGAGCACAGUGCCCGAGCUGAGGGUGGAUGUCAACAUCACCCAGAACAGCGUCACUCCCCCGAUUUUAACGGUGCCAGAAGGGGGCCAGGUGGUGAGCGUGAGGGAGGGAGGCACCACCGACCUGGUGUGCCUGGUUGAUGGCAAGCCCCGCCCACCUGUGCUCUGGUCGCGCGCUGACAAGGACCUGGCCAUGCCCACGGGUGAGUGGGCGGUGGAAACACGCGACGGGCGCCUCCACCUGACCAACGUCACCCGCGACCUGAUGGGGGCCUACCGCUGCCAGACGGCACCAUACAAUGGCCUCAACAUUAAGCCACGUCAAGCGCAGGUUCAGCUGAAUGUACAAUAUGCUCCAGUCCUGGACCCGGUUUUCCAGGACGUUCGCUCGCCCAACUACCAGUUUGUGACCUUGCGCUGCAUCAUUCAGAAGUCCAACCCGCCACGCAUUGCCAGCGUCCGCUGGACGCGAAACGGCGAGCCCCUGACCUCCCUGACCCCACACCCACAGGAGAACCCGCAGCUGAAAUUCAAACUGGACCCCAGCAACAACGGCACGUACAAGUGCCAUGUCAGCAACGGCGUGGGCUCUUCUACCUGCACCUUCAACAUCUCAUCCCGUCCAUACAACGCUGAGUUCUACUUUGACACGCCCAACCCCAUCUGCAAUCUGAAGGGCAACAACUUCUCCUACAACCUCCAGUGGACCCAGAGUGAGCCCGCGGCUACAGACCGGAUCAUUGGCUACUGGGUCAAUGUUCGCAAUAAUGAAAAGAUGAAUCAGAUGAACCUGUUCUCCAAGCAGAUCAACACGAAGGAGCCGGUGAAGGGCAGCCUCAUGUCCUACAUCCUGACUGACCUGAAGAUCCCCCUCUCCUAUGAAAUCCGCCUGGCCCCGAUCACCACCUACAGCACAGGAGACUAUGUCAGUCGUACCAUCAAGUACACAGAGUACCAUGUCUGUGGCUUUGAGGACAAGCACAUCUGCGGAUUCUCCCAGGACCGGGGCGACAAUUUUGAUUGGACAAGACAGAACCACCUGACCCAGAACCCCAAGCGUUCAUCCAAUACCGGCCCAGAGAUGGACAGGAGUGGCACCAAAGAAGGUUGCUAUAUGUACAUUGAGGCCUCUCGUCCCCGGGUACUGGGGGACACUGCCCGUCUCUUGUCCCCCCUCUACAACGUGACCGCUGCCAGGGGCCCCAAGGGCUCUGGUCGUCUCCCUUACUGCAUCUCUUUCUUCUACCACAUGAAGGGCAAGCAGAUCGGUACCCUGGACGUGUGGCUGAGGGUGAAGAGCAUCGCCUCUGUGGACACUAAGGUCUGGAGCCUGAUUGGGAACCAGGGUCCUGACUGGAACCAGGCCAACAUCAUUGUCAACCCUAGCGGACCCUUCCAGGUGGUGUUUCAGGCCAUUCGGGGAUCGGGCUAUGAAGGCGACAUUGCCAUCGAUGAUGUAUCAGUCACCAGGGGGAAAUGCAAGCAGGAGAACUCCGUUUCCAACACAGUUCUGAUUGGAGAAGCCCCGGCGCUGUGCUCGCACCCAUUGGCCGCCUCCCUGACCUUCGCCCUCUGCUCCUUUCUACUGCUGCUCUACAGAUGAUGAGCGCAACUCACAGCGUCCACCUUUCUGUUUUCAUCUCCACCCCUGUUUUCAUUACCAAUCCAUCCUUCAUAUCUCCCAUUCCACCCUGGCUAAGCUUGUACCUCUUCUUGUACCACUUCUUCUCUCUCAUUCUUCUUUUCCACACUCACACUUUUACUGUCUUAUGCUGCUGUUUUCUCCAGUCAUACUUGUGACCUUUGACACCCAAUAUCCAACCCCUCACAGCAGACACUCACCCGGCUUCAUACUUCUCUUCACUUUCUCACUCUUCAUCUACUCUUUCCCAACCCCGUAUUCCUGGGACACAAGUGUCGGACACUCUACCAAAGAUGACGAAGGACAAAAUAAGAAAUAUGGGUGGGGGGAGGGGUGGUCUCCCCCCUGUUUUUGAACCCUCCCCCUCGCCUCCUUGGGCUAGGUGCAAGGUAGCUGCCGCAUCACGAAGGCAGACUGAGUGACUGACAGAGAAAGAAAGAUAGAAAGAAAGAAGCUCCCACUUGCCUCUCCUCUACCAGUCACUGCAGUAGGACCUGCGUUAGAUUGUACGUAUACAUUUCUCUAUAUAAUAUAUAUUACAAAAGUUUAAAUAACAUUUAAGUGAAGAAAAACACUCAUGGACAUGGAUGACUUUACAGGCUACGACAAAGCGAAACUAAAGAAGCACAAAUUUAUACAAUCUAUUCUUUCUUUCUUUUCCAAAGAAGUGUUGUAUUUUUACUGCAUGAGGCUUGAUUCAUAUCGUUCAGCGAUAAAAGGGAACCUCCCACUGGGCAAAAACUGGUUCAAUUAAUGUUAUUUCCACGUCAUUUCAACUCCCAAAAUCAAUGUGAUGACAUUUAAUCAACGUGGAAAACGAAUUGGAUUAGCAAAAAGUCAUCAAUGUAAGGGCAUUUAAAAAAAAAAAAACUUUUAACCUAAACCCAAAAAGUGGAAUUAUUUUGUUGAUUUCCUGUUUAAUUCACGUUAGUUGACAACUCAAGCAAAUGUAAAUCAAAACUAUAAGUUGAACUGACAUCUAUACCCAGUGGGCUUGUUCAUACAAAACAAAAAUAUAAACGCAAAAUCAAAUCCAAUCAAAUUUUAUUUGUCACGUGUUUUGCUAAUGUUAUUGCGGGUGUAGCAAAAUGCUUGUGUUUCUAGCUCCAACAGUUCAGUAAUAUCUAAGAAGUAAUACCAAACAAUUUCACAACAAUACACGCAAUACACACCAAUCUAAGUAAAGGAAUGGAAUUUAGAAUAUAUAAAUAUAUGGACGAGCAAUGUCAG